AUGAGUUAUAACAGCAGUGAAUAUCUCUAUGGAGAUCAAGAAUACAUACAGAUAUCUCCAGAGUAUUCAAAAAACUAUGAGGAGUAUGAUGAAAUGGAGGAAGAGAAUGAGGCAGACAUUGGUAUUGGAGAUGAGGAAUAUGGAGGAAUUUUAAAUAGUAGGUUUAGUAGAAUAAGAAACAAAAAGAGAGAAUAUGAAAUAGUAAACAUGAAGGAAUUAGGUAUUAAAAAUAAACUCCAUAGUAGAAAUCAAUCAUACAAAGAAAGAGAAAACCGUAAUAAGUAUCUAGGCAGAAAACAUUUUGGUUCAGCUGAAAAAAUUCAAACUCUUGGAUCAUCUUUCCUAGAAGGUUCUGAAAGCAAAAGAAACCAACACUGGGUUGAAAAGUACUCUCAAAAGCAAAGAAAGAUUCUUGUUGUGUGUAUUAAAGAUGGUAAAAUCUCCCAGAAAUAUAUGCAAACAGCUGAGCUUCUUAGAAAAGUACAUAUGCAUAAUGAAAAACAAGUUUUAGAAGAAAGAGCAGCUGGAGCUUUAACAUUAAGAGAUCUUCGUCAAGUUGUUGGUUUACAUGGUUUUGAAAGACCUUCUAUUGAGAUCAGAAGAAACUGUAUAUUAGUUAACAUGCCUGGUGUCAGGUGUCUUAUAUUACAUGAUAAGAUUUACUACCUUCCACUGUGUCCCAUUAUAUUUCCUCCUGGAUAUUCUGAAAAUGAAGCAUUUGAGUUUGAUACUGAAAUUGAAUCCCAUCUUUUAAGUUAUGGAAACAAACAAAAAACAGAUACAUCAAAUUCACAAAUGCUUGGGUCUCAUUUAAAACCACAAAUUAAAACUCAGCAACAUAAUAAAAACUCCAAUCAUAGAGAUCUCUCAAUUAUAGAAAAACUUAUUUUUAUUACACGUAAGAUUGGUAUACAAGAAACCAUUAACAGUGAGGAAAUACAAAAUCAUACUUUGAAUUCUGAAUCUAAAAAUAAUAAAGAUAUAAGUUCUCUUACAGAUCAACAUCAGAUCAAUGUUUUAACUCCAGAAUUUCCAAAUGAAGAAACCAUAUUCAGCCCCAAAAUUGUACAUAAAUCCAUUAAUUGCAGUCCUGUAAAAUUGAAUCUACUCGAGAUACCACCUAGUAACUUUAAUGAAAAGAAUGAACAUCAAUAUAAGGUACCUUUGGAACUUAAUGCCUUAGAAAUAUGUUUAAUUGAGGUAUGUAAACAGCUAUGGGAGAGUUAUUAUAUUAUAGACGAUACAGCUCAGGAUUUUCUGCUUCAUAUUGAAAAUAACCCUACUUCUACCCAAAUGGUUUAUGAGAUCAAUGAUUUAAGAAAGCGUUUGGAUUCUCUUAGAGAUAGAAUUAAAGGUGUAUACGAAGCAAUCAAAGAAAUCCUAGAUGACGAUGAUUUACUAAUUAGAAUAGAGAUUUCCAAAUUUUGGAACAAACCUGAGAACUGGGAUAGUAAGGCCAUUUUAGAGUCAACUUUUUUCGAUUCUGAGAUACUUUUGGAAUGCUAUGAACAGGAAGUUGAGGGAUUAAUUCGAACAGUGAAUCGUUUAAAUGCUCAAUUAGACGAUGCAAUUGAGGUCAUGCAAAUACAUCUGGCUACUAUAAGAAAUAACUUUCUUAAAGGUGAAAUUAGCCUAGAUAUUGUUGGAGUAUGUGUUGGUUUUGUUUCUGCAGUUGCCUCUAUCUUUGGAAUGAAUAUCCAAAGUGGAUUAGAAAAGAAUAUAGACAUAUUUUGGUUUAUGGCAUAUACAAUGAUUACAUUGUGUGUUUUUGCUGGAAUUGUUGUUAUCUUAAUGUUUAGAAGAUUACAACUUUAA